GCGCCGUGCGCGUCCCAGGGACUUCUGGGUAGCGGUUUACCCCCGCCCACUGCGUCAGCGUCUUCCUUUCGCCGCCGGACGCCGCCGAGGUCGCACGCGUGAGGUCUGUCCACCGCAACCGACAUGCGCUACGUUGCCUCUUAUCUGCUGGCCGCCCUCGGGGGCAACUCCAAUCCCAGCGCCAAAGACAUCAAGAAAAUACUAGACAGCGUGGGCAUCGAGGCGGACGAUGAACGACUCAACAAGGUCAUCAGUGAGCUGAAUGGAAAGAAUAUUGAGGAUGUCAUCGCUCAGGGUGUUGGUAAGCUGGCCAGUGUGCCUGCUGGUGGGGCUGUGGCUGUUUCUGCUGCCCCUGGCUCUGCAGCUCCUGCUGCUGGUUCUGCCCCCGCUGCAGCAGAGGAGAAGAAAGAUGAGAAGAAAGAGGAGUCUGAGGAGUCGGAUGACGACAUGGGAUUUGGCCUGUUUGAUUAAGUUCCCCUGCCAAUAAAGCCUUUUUAUGUAUCUUGA